CAUCCGCGCCGUACAGUACAACGACCCAGUGACUGAAAAAUUAUUUUUAAAAUUUCGGUUUUCACACCCGCUGCUUCCGCCUUAAGGAUCAUAGAAUUCCAAAAUACUUUUCAACGAAAACAUCGUUUGAGCGACGUCUAUAGAUACUAUAUAGUUCUUAUCCGCAUCAUAUUUUUGUUAUAUUGGUUUCCAAUUUUAUUCCUUCAUUUACACUAUCUGUGGCAUGGUACGGACAUGCACUCGUUAGAUGUGACGAAAAUAUGAACAUGAGUGAGGCCUUUAAUUGCUUGAGAAACUUGUAGUGUAUAGCGUGUACGACGGUUCAGCACCUUGUACUCAUUACCGCACAAUAAUAAUAUCUGUACAUUAAUACAUUCGGUGUCACCUUGUCGCCUGUGUACGAGUUUACCGCCAAUUCUAUUGUCUUUCCAUCACAGUAAUAAAUGGAGAAUUCAAUAGCACAAUGCACCAAUAUUGGCCUGUGCAAACGACCAAGUUUGUUCUUAUGUUAACUGGGAUAAUAAUCAUGACUACGAUACCAUUGAUUAAAUGCCGUCAAAGCAGCAAGACUUAUGAUGGAUGCUAUAUCAAUUAUCAACUAUUACCUAUUUUAAUAUUAUAAUUAACAACUACUAGCGCUAACACUGUUUUUGCACUCCAUCAAGCUAAGGUAAAUUGGUAAAAUUAUUAGCUCGAGUCAUAUGGGAUAAUAAAAAUCACCAUAUUUGGUUCAAGUUUCGUUCAUAAGUUCUGAAAAAAGUUGUUCUAUCCCUCACUGUAAACAGGCCAAAACUAUCGAAUUCAUCACAUUAGGUGCGAUUUUAUACGAUUUUCUCUAACCUUUUUCAGCUUUUGCAUUGUUUCACUAUGUAUCGAGUAAACAUUUUAUUCCUAAUCAGCGCCUUCCUAUUCGGAAACAUUUGGUCUGCGGCAGGAUUAACGUGCGCUUGUGACAAGGCGAGCUGUGCGUCAGUCCCGCCAGACGCGUGCCCGUGGGGCGUAGGUAUGGACUCCUGCUUCUGCUGCCAAGUUUGCCUCAAGGGACCAGGCCAAACAUGCGGUGGCCCAUGGAACAUAAAAGGCCGUUGUGGAGAUGGGCUGGAGUGCGUCAGAAAAACUCCCGGUGAUUUCAACGCGAACGGCAUUUGCAAGAAGUUGUAUAAACGAGGUUCUAACUGAUGAUGAAUGAAUUCACACAUUUCGGUUUGUGUUUUAUUUGUGCAAGGUACAAGAUGAGCCAAAUUUUAUGCCCUGCCUUGAGUGUAUUAGAAUUUAUGGUAAAAAGAUUCGAAUAACCCACGACGUGGUCAAAUCUACUAGCAAGAUAAGUGCAGGAUACAAAACGUGAGGAUACAUUAUAUACAAAAUAAAUUUCAGUUGUUCGGUAGCAUACCAUUUUUACGAGUUAUAUUAUCUGAUAAAUUGCGCCUAUUCCUUUAUAUGGGCAACACUGUACAGAUAGUUUACGUCUUGUUCACCUUUACUCCUUCUUCAAUAACUCUAUGCUGACUAACGGGUUAUGUUGUAGUUAUCAUAGCCUUAUUAAUUUCUUAAAUGACAAAUUUUUACUACACUUAUUUCUCAACAGCUCAUCACAUUGCCAAGGAUGUUAUAUUUAUUAUCAAUUAUGUUUACUCAAAUCUUUUACUUCUCAACUUCUGUGCCAUUGUCGAUAAUUGAUCAAUAAAACAUUUUAGA